GAAGGCUGCGUCCCCCCGCGGCGCGCCAGGUGGCCACUUGGUUUGUCUCACAGCGCAGCUCCGCUCCGCUCCUCUCCGCUCCUUCCUGGUCGGACCGGCCGCUUAGAGCCGCCGAGCUACAGCCGGGGGUGGGAGUGAGUGCAGCCUGACUUCGCCGAAGCAGCAGCCGUCCGAACCCAGUCAUGCUCCUGUAGACAACCGCCACGACACCGCGUUCCCUGGAAGCGCCGGACACGGUAAAACUCUGCAACCAGCCUGCCGUGUUUGUCCGGCAAGGAGAACUUCCCCGAACUUGGGGCGACCCGCUCCUCCCGUCAUAAAGAGCGCGGGGAGAAGCCUUGAGGAAGAAGGCAGACUGAGCCCUGCCUUCCCGCCUGCCUGCGCUGCGCAGAGCUCCUGCUCCGUCCUCCUGACGCGUCCAGACCAGGGCACGUGAGACACACCUUCAUGCAGGUUCCUUUGUUCACAUGCAAAUGGCGUGUUGUCUGAAGGACGAACUCCUGUGCUCCAUCUGCCUGAGCAUUUACCAAGAUCCCGUGAGUUUCGGCUGCGAGCACUACUUCUGCCGCAAGUGCAUCACCGAGCACUGGAGCAGGCAGGAGCACCACGGGACCAGGGACUGUCCCGAGUGCCGCCGGACCUUCGCCGACCCGCUGCUCUCCCCGAGCCUCAAGCUGUCGAACAUUGUGGAGCGCUACUCCGCUUUCCCCCUAGACGCCAUCCUCAACGCGCAGAGGAGCUCGUACCCGUGCAAAGACCACGAGAAGGUCAAGCUCUUCUGCCUCACCGACAAGAGCCUGGUGUGUUUCUUCUGCGACGAGCCGGCUUUGCACGAGCAGCACCAGGUGACCACCAUAGAUGAGGCCUUCGAGGAAAUACAGAGGGAGAUGAAGGAACAGCUGACCAGUCUGCAGGACAGUGAGCAGGGACACACCGAGGCCUUGCAGCUGCUUCAGAGGCAGCUCACUGAGACUAAGUCAUCGGCAAAGAGCCUGCGCGCAACUAUAGGGGAGGCCUUUGAGAGGCUGCACCGCUUCCUUCGAGAGCGCCAGAAGAGCAUGCUUGAGGAGCUGGAGGCGGACACGGCUCGCACGCUUGCCGACAUCGAGCACAAAAUCCAACGCUACAGUCAGCAGCUACGUGACGUCAAAGAGGGCAUCCAGAUCCUACAGGAGCGCCUCAGCGAGACAGGCCGUCAUGAGUUCCUGGAGGGUGUGGCACUCACUUCUGAGAGAAUAAAAGGGAAGAUCCACGAAACUAACCUGACCUAUGAAGACUUCCCAACGUCCAAAUACAUGGGGCCUCUGCAAUAUACAAUAUGGAAAAGUCUCUUCCAGGACAUCUCACCAGUACCAGCCGCCCUGACUCUUGACCCCACCACGGCCCACCAGCGGCUCAUCCUAUCGGACGACUGCACCAUUGUUGCCUACGGCAACCUGCAUCCCCAGCCUCUGCAGGAUUCGCCCCGCCGCUUUGAUGUGGAGGUGUCCGUGCUGGGUGCGGAAGGCUUUGGCUCAGGGGUCCACUACUGGGAGGUGAUGGUGUCAGAGAAGACCCAGUGGAUGAUUGGGGUGGCUAGCGAGACGGUCAGUCGCAAAGGCAGCAUCCAGAUCCAGCCCAGCCGUGGCUUCUACUGCAUCGUCAUGCAUGACGGCAACCAGUACAGCGCCUGCACCGAGCCCUGGACCCGCCUCAAUGUCAAAAAUAAGCUGGAGAAAGUGGGCGUCUAUCUGGACUACCCCAAAGGCCUGCUGGUUUUCUACAAUGCUGAUGACAUGUCCUGGCUCUACACCUACCGGGAGAAGUUCCACGCCAAGCUCUACCCAUACUUCAGUCCUGGCCAGAGCCACGCCAAUGGCAAGAACGUGCAGCCUCUGCGGAUCAAUACCGUUCGCCUAUAGGAGCCCGAGUCUUGGACGAGUCACAGCACUGUAAUGCAACCCAUAAGUCAUCCUGGAAACAUCCAUGACACAGGAAUCUAAAACCCAUUCAGUCAUAAAAUCAGUAAUUAAAGAAACAGCGAUACCUUUGUUUGCCCUGUGCUGUCCGGUUUGUGGUUCUGCUGAGAGAUUUGCAGCGUGAGCUAUUGGCAUGACCAGGUCAGUCCUGGUUGAAUUUGUGGAUUUUGGUGCAGUCAUCAAGACGAACGUUAUAUCGCAAGCUGUUGGUAAUACAGUAGUAGGGUGAGGUGGGGUGGGAUGCUGGAAUCCUAUCUGCGUGUGUUUUGACAGUCAGUCAACAGCCAGUCCUUCCUUCUCCCUCCGCUGGUACUUUAGAGAAACUCUGACCAUAACUUUGCUGUCGCUGAUCACUCCUCCGUCGUACCUCCUACGUCGAGGUGCAACUUGUCUACUUAAAGCUUGAACCUGGGAGAAGGGCGUCCUUAUCGCUGCUGUCAGACCCUGCAGACCCAUCUCCCUGUUCUUUCUGGGAACUGGCAUCGCUGGUGAGUUGAGGCCCCGUUAGAGCAAGGGGGGUAUCCCUAUUGCCAAGGCCGCAGGAACUAGAGAGAGAGAAAGUGAGUUCCCCAUCUGUCCUGUUCCUUUCUGUCUGUGUGUCACUUGUGCGUGUGUCAUUUCUCAGCAGGUGUUCGCCACUUUUCCCCUCGUACUGGUUGCUGUUAACCGUUUCCAUAUACAGUACGACACGUAUACUCAGUUUUCUCCCUUUUAUCCAUGACCACAAUAUAUCAGCAGUUACUUUUUCUCACGUGAAUUGCUUGCUUUUUGAGUUUCUAUCAGUCAUUUUUAACCAGUCAGCACCACUUUGCCCAAGUGUGUAAAAACUAUGCUAAAAUUAAUUUUCAUUUGCUCCUGUGGAAUUUUAAAGUGGCCACUGAGCCAGAAACAUUUUAAUACCUCCUGCUGUUGCUCUCGAGAGUUGUUGUGAGCAAAUAUCGAAGAACUCUAAACAUUUUAAUUGUGAACGGAAUAUUCCAUUCAUCUUAAGUAUAAUAUUCCAUUCAUCUGGAAUAUUUUGGAUCUUCCAUUCAGCUGUGAGAACAAUUACAUAUUAGAAUUGACAAAGAUUAAACCAAGGGGGGAAUUUCAACAGAGGGAUGAUGGCUCAUAGCAACAAUAUGAAAAAGAAGGGCCCUUUAUGGUGAAAUCACACUGUCUCAGUCCCUCUGUAUGUUCCCAAGUGCAUUUUUAGUAUUCAUUACAUUGCCAACCAAAGAAAUGCAUUUUUUCUAUGUUUGGUCACAUUAUUUUUAUUAAAUACUUGGUUAUCUUUCACUGUCGUUACACUAGCCAAUCUCUUCAUAAGCCUUGACCUUGCAAAAACAUUUGUCAUUUGAUUCUUCACUCCUGACUUCGGCAACCCUUUUUCACUUGCUAUUAAGGAAUUCUCUGGAAAAAUUCUGCUUAAAGAUGCUUUGAGAUUCCUAGGUUUAUAUUGAGUACGUUUGCUCAGCGGUGAUCCUCAUAGUCUUAAACAGGGAAAUUUUGGGAAUAUGAAUCUACGAGGGGACCAGACAUCAUAAGGAUACGUCUUUGAUGUCUCGAAUGGUAACUGGCAGAGUGCCAGUUGCGACUGGGUUGGAUCUGUCACCCUUGCAACUGAAGACGGAUGCGAAGACCACAACACUCCGUCGAAAGGCGACCUAAUCGAUGAAGCUCUCUCUUCUUGGGCCUUAGUGUUCCCAAAUAUCACGUUUUCUUGUCCUUUGAAGAUCAGAGUGCUGCCAUGCCAUUUUGGAUGUUCUAUCCUGAUCACCGCUUAGAGUGGACUGGUUUGAGGUAAAGCUGCUAAUUGGGUCACUGUGACCCUGGAGUGAGGUGUUGGGGAAGAAGAUGGUGGUGAUGAUGGUGAUGAUUCUGAUGAUUCUGUCUCUUGAGGGCUACCGCUGUGCACAUAUCAUUCUGUACACAAACUUUGAUGUGCUGUUGCAGCUAGAGGUCCAUGAGGAACUUGUUAAUGUAGAAUAAAGAAUGGUACAACUGUCUGUUCUCUUCUUCUUUAGCAAAAUGCACCCCAACA